AUGUAAGUUCAAUGUAAACACUUAUAGGAAAUACAUUUCUCUAUAUGCUGUAUGUUAUUGGUACUGAUUGCACUCAAUAUUGAACUAUUUGUAAGAUAAUCUCUACAACUGUUGAAAUUAGUUCUCGAUGCUGGCUUAAUGACUCGACAAGCUUGUAAUGCAUUUUAAACAAUCUGUUAAAAAAAUAUGCUAAUUAUUCUUUCUGUACUUCAAGCUUCAUCUCAACUUCUAAGAGUUGCAGAGAAUCUAGAAUUGCUUGUUCUUAAUGACUAUCUCAAUAAACUAUAUGUUAUGAUCUAAGAAUUUACACAACUUUCACCCUUGAAUAUUCUUUUAAGAAUAGCUAUACUUUCUGACUUUACAACAUUGUCAAUAACAGUACAGUACAUUAUUAAGUGUACAAGCAACUAUAAUUGUGUGUACUAAUGA